AUGGAGAUGCCCGGAGCGCUCUGGGCAGUCUGGGCAGAGCAGUACGCUGCACAGCCCGAUCAGUCGGGGUGGCUGCAUGCGUACCAGCUGCCGCUGUGGUGGGACGUCCAGUGGGAGCAGGAUCAGAACACGCCCCACCCAGCAUACCUGGCCGACGUUGGGCAUGCACUUCCCAUCCAUACUUCUUCCAACUUCUGGCCCCCUGCCGACGCGCACUGGUCCACAACUACUAUGCUUAUUCCAGUUGACGGCAAUGAAGUGGACCGGGAGCAACUGGAGAAUGCACUGGAGAAGGCGCACAAGAAAAUCCAGAAACUCGAAAAGCAGUUGCAAUGGGAAGCCAAGAAGCUUGACGAUGCCAAUCUCAUGAGCAAGAUGACAAUCAGCAUUCUUGAAGAGCAAGUGCAAGACCUCCAUUCUGCUGUUGAAAUCUUGGAAGAGGAGUGCUGCAAAGCGGAGCCACCGCUGGCAGGCCUGUGCGAUGCCGAGGACCAGCGAGCGGAGGCCUCGCGGGAGCUACGCCAGCAGCAGGGGAAGGUCGCGGAUGUGCAGCAGCGCGCUGCACCGGUGGAGGCGGAGACCGAGAAAUCCGAAGAGCAGAGGAGGCAGAUCUCGGAGGGCUCGACAGCCCUGGAGUCCGAACAUGAUCGGAAGCUUGCCGAGGAUGUUUGCGACGAGCGCGACGUCGAGAAGACGUCAGCAGAAGUCGCUGCGACAGGCCGAGCAGACCUGACCAUCAAGGAGAAGCAGCUCGGGGAGUUGGGGAAGGAGGUGGACCCUCGGACCAGCUGUUUGCUGAAAGCCCUGGAGUCCGAGCGUGAUCGGAAGUUCGAAGCCUCCACCGAGGCAGGCGAUCUAGAUGUGGGCAACGCCAGCCCGCGCAGCCCCAAGAGGGUGCACGCGAUCAGCGAGGUGCCUACGAUCAGUCCUACCACCGCCUCGGCUGGUAGCGAGGAGCCCAGCUGCUCUUCGCCGGGUCAUGAUCUGUGGAACCACAUCCUCGAGGUCCCUGAAAGCUGGGAGGCUGGGGAGAGCCGACAGCCCGAGGACGGCGAGGCACGAAGCGAUCAGAAGCUGGCGGACUUGGCCGCUGCGUGCAGGGAGGUCGCGGAGGAAGCCGAGGUCAUUCAGAAGGAGCAGCUGGAGGCUUUCGAUGUCGUCCAGAACGCCGAGCGGCUCCUGGCGGCGCUGCGCAUCUCGCGGGAUCAGCACGCCACGAGCGCAGAAGUGGCAAUGCCGCAGAGCGAUGGCGAGGGCUCAGAGGCGGCUGAUGGCGAGGAGGUGCAGCAGCUGGCGGUGCCAACAGUGUACUGCUACACCACUCGUGACGCCUUCGAAUGGUGGUGGCGGCCAUGCUGCCCCGGCUUCGAGGUGCACGGGCGGCGGGCCUCGCCGCAGCCCGCCCUGCGCAUCCGCUCAGGCUUAGACCUCGCCGUCUAUGCUGAGCGGGUCUUUUGA